CCCAGGAGUCCUGUGGAAACUUGCCUGUCAAAGUAGAAAGAAAAUCAGAAAGAAAACGGCAGAAGUUAGGUAACAACAUUCAUACUGCACAGGUGAAGUUCACAGACAGCUCUUAAGUGGACUUUAUCUAACAUCCAGACAGCCAAAAUCUUUCUCUUCAGAUUAUCAACGAUCAAAGCAUGGAAUGGAUGAUUUAAGGCAGCAAAGAGAGUAUUCAGGAGGGAGUUCAGGAGACAGAGGUAUCUCUGAAACAAUCUCUACUACCAGAAUUACAGCUUUGCCUCCACGAGGCUUCAGUGCAUUUGCCAACAAGGGCAUGUCAAGCACCUCUGGGUCUCCUAGCCUGGAGAAGAACAUUUUGACUCAAAACAACAGCAGCUCUUUUUUCUCAUCCUCAUCUGUGAGUGUGAGUGCAGGUGGGUUAGGCUCUGGAUCAAGGGAAUAUCUGGUAGAGGAGUCAUCUGUGAGUAAGAGCAAGAAGGCAGGUGUUGCUUCUGGAGUUUUUGAGGGUGUCUCUGGAUCAGGAUCAGGAUCAGGGCUGAGGGUGAGAUCCAGCUCCACUGAUGGCAUGAGAAGAACACAAGACUCCCCUUUGUUUCUGGAGAGGAAAAGCAAAAUCACUCAUUCACGUCGUUAUGAUGGAAGCUCAAGUGAAAGCUCAUCUCCAGAGAUGACAAGGAAAGACUAUGGUUCAACUAGAGGAAGAAGUCAAAGCAGGGAGACGGAAAUCAGGACCAGACUGCAAAGUGCAUCUCCCUCUACUAGAUGGACUGAGUUGGAUGAUGUGAAGAAGCUGUUGAAGGGAUCACGCUCCGCCAGCGUCAGCCCCACACGAUCUCCCUCCUCCUCCCCUCUGCCUAUACCUCGCAAGGCCACCACCUUAGACACCAAGAUCUCUACCAAACAAGUCGAGCAAUAUGACAGCACUAUUCUUGACGCUGACCUUGCCUCGUACACAUGGAACACCUCCACACUGCCCUCUACCGUCUCCACUGGUGCAGCUUACGGCUUCCACAGCAACACCAACAACAUGUCAACGGGAGCUUCGCUUGUCAGCAGCACAUCACCAUCCUCCUUAUCAGUGUAUGGCUUCCACAACAAUUUACUCCUGCCUGCUCCUGCUACUGCUCCUGCUAGUGGAGUUCUAACUUCGAGUGGAGUUAACACACACUCAGGAUAUGGAGUGCAGAAGAAUUAUUCAACAAGUCCCAACAGCACUCUUGCUGUUAGCACAGGCGUCUCCACCGCAGGGUAUGGAGUGCAGAAGAAUUAUUCCUCAAGCCCCAACUGCACUCUUGUUGUUAGCACAGGCGUCUCCGCUACAGGACCUGGUACAAGGACUCUUAAUGAGAAUGUGUCAAAGAAAUACCUGACGCUGGAGAAGGAGAACAUCCCAUUGAAGAGAGACACUGACGAAUUUAUUCUGACCAAAGACAGUGGCAAGCAGUUUACCAACAGCGCCCCCAAUGGGACAGCAGGGUCAUAUUCAGAUGUUUCAAUGAAGAAGGAAACUAUGAUGACCAGCUAUUCUGAAAGUGUUCCUGUGAAGUCUAGCUCUGGCGCACAUUUUGGGUCUACAUCAGUGUCAACAAAAGAUAAAGCUACUUAUGCAGAGAUUCGUAAGGCUAAGCUUGAGGAUGAGGAUGACUGUAAGUGUGGAGGGGGUCUUUGUGGAUGUGGGACAAACUGCUGUUCCUGGUGGAAGUGGUUGAUGGGUUUUUUGCUCAGCCUCCUGCUGCUCCUCGGCCUUCUGUUUGGACUCAUUGCCCUAUCCGAGGAGGUAAAGAAACUAAAGUCUCGUGUCAGCGUUCUUGAGGGAAUAUCCUCCUCCAUGAAUAGCCACACAAGUCGCCUCUCUGCUCCUAUUGAUGACAUUGACAGAUAUAAAGAAGCUGGAAGUAAAGCAGCAUAUGUUAAUUCACUGGAUUCUGCAGUUUAUUCAGACAAUUCUGUACUGCAGAGAAAUGUACAGCAAAUACUGAAAGCAGAGAUGCAGUCUGAAGCCAUGAAAGCGUUCCUUGCUUCUUCAGUUAAAGCUGAAAGAGGACUUCCUGGGCCUAAAGGUGACAAUGGAUCUCCAGGAACGAGGGGAGACAAUGGUUUUCCAGGGCUGCCAGGUCCACCAGGAAUGCCAGGACAUCCAGGAAGGGAAGGACAAAAAGGGGAUAAAGGGAGUGCAGGUGAACAUGGUGCAGAAGGUCCACCAGGAUUCAGGGGAAGAGAUGGUCAACCUGGACCCCGUGGAGAGCCAGGACCCCCUGGAGCCGGAGAGAAGGGUGAAAGGGGUAUUCCUGGCUCUCCUGGCCAAGUUGGUCCACCUGGGCCUAAAGGUGCUAGUGGUUUACAUGGUGAACAAGGCCCUCAAGGCUUCAGAGGUGAACCUGGCCCUGCCGGGCCUAAAGGUGAUAGAGGACUUCCUGGUCCACCUGGAAGCAAAGGUGAUCAUGGUGACAGAGGAGACAAUGGAUUGCCAGGUAUUCCUGGAGCUGCAGGACGACAGGGACCAGCUGGUGAGAAAGGAGCUAAAGGAGCAGCAGGGACUCAAGGAGCUGAUGGUGAAAAGGGCCAAAGAGGUGAGCCAGGCUCAAUUGGCUUGCCAGGAAUCAGAGGACCACCUGGGCCACCCGGUGAUGCUGGGCAACCAGGAACUCCAGGGAUUCAAGGACCUCCAGGUCUACCUGGCAAUCCUGGUCAGCCUGGAGCUAAAGGUGAGACUGGUGAGGCUGGAAGAGUGAUCAAUGCAGCAGGUUCUAGCUCAGUGGCAAUCCCAGGACCGCCUGGAAGCCCUGGUGCUCCUGGCCCACCUGGACCUCCAGGAGUCUCAGGUCCCGUUGGCCCUGCUGGACAUCCUGGUCAGCCUGGUCCUAAAGGUAAUAAGGGAGAUCAAGGAGAACCGGGUAUUGUUGUGAACACUGGCGAGACUUUGGUUUCAACGCGUUCAGAAAGACAGUAUGGUGCUGCAAAUGUUGCUGUUACUGGGCCACCUGGUCCUCCUGGUCCCCCAGGGCCUCCUGGACGUCCAGGAGAUUCCAGAGCAGGUCCACCGGGACCACCAGGUGAACCAGGCUCACCAGGAUAUGGCAGACCUGGUCCUAAAGGAGACAAGGGAGAUCCAGGAAACUUUGUGCCUAAUUCAGGAACAUUUUUUGCGGGGCCACCUGGGCCACCAGGACCCAUGGGGCCUAAAGGAGCGACAGGUGCCCAAGGUCCAAGAGGAUAUCAAGGGGAACCAGGUCAGCCUGGCCUUCCAGGGAGUCCUGGUAGAGUUAUCUCGGAGUACGGUGUCGCUCAAGGGCCACCUGGUCCUCCAGGGCCUCCUGGACCGCCUGGACGAGAGGGCCGUAAAGGGGAUGCUGGGGCACCAGGUUUAUCAGCAUUCCAAGGAGACUCAAGAGUAUCAGGAGCAGUUGCAGUCGGGCCGCAGGGGCGGCCUGGUCCACCAGGACCUCCUGGUCCACCCGGUGCUCCAGGUCAUUCCAGUGGAUCCCAUUCUGCCUCAGACUAUCGUCAUUACAUCAUGGAGUAUAUGCAAAGUGACAGCAUGAGGCAGCAUUUGUCUAGCAUUCAGGGGCCACAAGGUCCACCAGGUCCACCUGGGGCUUCAGUGUCUGUAGAGGACGUGGCAUCUCGGGUCAUCGCUUACAUUCAGCGCUCUGGAAUCAGUGGUAGCAGUAUUAGCCAAGGAGCUCAAGGUCCUCCAGGACUUCCUGGCCCUCCUGGCCCACCUGGAAGUAUAACUGCUGACUACAUCAUUUCUCUUUUACAGAGAGAAGAUGUGAGGCGUUAUGUGGCUGGCCCUCCAGGACCACCAGGUUCACCGGGGAUUAGUGCUAGUACCUUUAACGCACAGGAGGUGGCAAACUAUGCCAUCAGAAUAAUGAAGGAGCAGGGGAUGACUGGCAGACCUGGACCACCAGGCCCUCCUGGCCCAGCUGGCCAGGCAGGUGCUACUUACAGCGAAAUAACCGCUCUGAUUCAGAGGUCAGGGCUUGGGGGAGGCGUUGGACGUCCAGGGCCCCCUGGUCCUCAAGGGAUACCGGGACCCCCUGGUCCACCUGGUGCCUCAGGAGGCAGCUCCUCUACAAUCUCGGGUUACAGACUGGAGGACAUCCAGCUCUACCUGCAGAAGUCUGGUUUUAGGGGACCACCUGGCCUACCUGGUCCACCAGGACCCCAGGGUCCUCCAGGUGACACUAGGGGCCUUGUAUCAUAUACAGGACCUUCUGCGCGAGAACAGAUCCGUGCUGAGCUGCACGAGUACUUGAACAGUGACACUAUGAGGCGCUAUGUUCACAGUGCCCCUGGGCCUCCCGGACCCCCUGGCCAGAAGGGUGAACGUGGUGAACCUGGACACAGUUAUCAGAAUGCCAGAAGCCAGUACCGCUAUGGCACUGAUAUCACUGAACCAGUGGACUACUCCAAUGUUGCAAUAAAAGUGACUGAUUACAUUAAAAAUCAAGGUCUACUGCAGGACCUGACAGAGGGAUACUGGAGAACACAAGCAGGAAGUAUCCAAGGACCCGCUGGGCCUCCCGGUCCUCCUGGCCCACCUGGGUACAGCCGUGUGAUUGGUACCUAUGGGAAUGUGACUGCGGACCUCAUGGACUUCUUUAGAACAUACGGGACCAUCCCAGGGCCUCCUGGCAGGCCAGGACACAAAGGGGACAGAGGAUACCCAGGCCCUAAAGGAGACAAAGGGGAAACAGGGAGCUCAGGGAUACCUGGCCUCCCAGGACAAAGAGGACCAGAGGGACCACGGGGAGAAAAGGGUGAAAAAGGUGAUAUCCAGACUGGUAGAUGGAAACGGACCACUGGUGUGUAAGGGUUCAAGCUUUUGCAGCAGCACACUUUUGUGGAUGCACUGACAGCAAAAAGAAAUCUUUUAGAAGAUAAAUGCAUAAACUAGCCUCUCUUUAUGAAGUAACACAGUCUAGAGGCUUGUUUGGUUUCUAUUUUAUCACACUAUACAGUUUUAUAAUCAAACCAAUGCAUGCAAUAUUAUAAUUCAUACAUUCAAAACAAUUUUCAGCUUUACUAGUGUGGGUUCAAGACAUCAGUCUUAGUAUUCAUUAUUAUACAUUUAGCACUUGAAAUGUACUUUUUAACCAAUAGUGGACUUUGUAAUUGCCUUUAUUUUAUAUUUUUGUAUCAUAUAAAUUGUCUAUGGUGAUGUAUUGCAUUGCAAACACACAAAAAUUGAAUGAAAAUGUAACGGAUGAUACACCAAACCAAAAAAAAGUAUCUUAAGCACCUGAGAUUUUUUAGACCAUGUGCUGUAACAUGACUCACUUUACAAGAGCCACUGAAUGUUUAACAAAGAACAGAGUAUGAUUUUACACCUACCCAAUAUGAACCUAAACUGCAACAUGUUUAGAAAAAAAAACACCAAUAAAAUCAAAGAAAAUACAA